ACUGAUUCCUCUGUACAGACACACCUCUGUAAUCUCAGUCACCUGCCUCGCACAGCCAUUACCAUCUCAAAAACCAACCUGUGCAACAGGUGCAACUAGGAGGAGACAGGUAGGAGGGUCGGGCUUGUGAAACUUGCCAAACAAGAGGCACGGUUUCCCUUUUAAGCACAGAGGGUGGUACUUGGCAUUUCCAUACAGGAUGUAGAUCCUGGAGAACUUUUAACCUGCUGUUAGUUUGCUUCUGUCAACCAACUCACUCCAUUGGGGUAAGUGAUCUACUCUUAUUCCAGAAUCUAAAUCCUCGGGAAAUAAGGGGUAAAAAAACAUUGGGAAAUUUCAGGAAAUGUGGCUUUUAUAAAAAAUACUGAACCUACUGUAAAAUGACUGAUCCUCGGGCAUAGAGGGGGGCACUAGGGGGGUGGAUACCUCUGUGCAUCGUAACUGGACUAUAAGAUUUAUCUGUGUUAAUAAACCAUUUAUUUGGGACAGUCAUCUUGCAAACCAAUUUAUGGUUUAGUGGCUUGUUGCAUGUGACCAGACUUAAAUGGUAUUAUAUUGGUAUUUUGGCAAUCACUGUAUCCUAAAAGCAGUGCAGUAAAUGUUGGUAGCAGGGGGUGUGGGAUUGUAAGGUUCCUGUGAUAAAUAUGUGGUGGCUAUGGUGUCAUUAAUAAUAUGCACACAAUUCAAUUUAAAUGCCAGUCUUCAUAAUAAUGUCCAGGAUCUAAACCGAAUUUUGGAGUAUUGCUUUGAUAAGGAAUUCUUUCUGUACCCUUGCUUUGAGAAAGGCACUAUGCCUGUUAAUGCACUCAAUGGGUUAAGACCCUUAGCUGGUUUUAAUAAAAUCCUAAGUAUUUUAUAUUGAAAUCUGUAGCUAAAGCAGGUACAUCUAUCUCAGGUAUCCUGUACCAGAACAAUUGUGUUUACUAGAUCCAUCGCAUUUCCUGGGUGCAUAUUACUGUAUUGUGUUGAUAGGCAGGACAUAAAAAUGCUGCCCUGGUCCAAGCACAUUAAUCCUGUAUACAUUGAGACAACACUUUUCAUGUCCUUUCCAUCUGUGUGACCCUAGAAAAUGCAGUUGAUCUUGCAAGUGCAAGAAUAAGUUAGACAUUCUGUAAAUUAAUUUAGGCAUAUUUUAUUCUUUGAAUAAUUAAAAACUUUAGGGUUGCUGUUUGAGAUCACCGUGAUGUGAAAAGAGCUCUUCUAAUUUAAUAAGCUGUACUUGCACAACAAGGAACCUUAUAAGUAAAUGGAGAGAGACUAAGCAAGACAUCUCCAAUAAUAAACUGAUAUGGUUACGCAUUAGUGGUUCCCACAAAUGGAUUAUGGAUGAAAUUGCAUAUCAUUGUGGGUGGGUGCAGCAAUUACUUGGAGGAAUGUAUUCACAGACCCUUUAGAUAGCCAUCAAGAUAAUUCGCUAAAUCUUUUAAAUACAGAAAUACUGUAGCAUGCAAAAGGUAAACAUGCACUACUUAGGGAGAAAGCGGAUCUUAUCUGUUAUCACCCACUGUUGUAUUGUGUUUACUGAAUGGAUAAUAAAUUGUGGGGUGUGUAUAACCGCUGUCCAAUAAUACACCAGAUAUUAAACAUGGGCAUUCACAAUUACUUUACAGUAAGUAGUCGGUCUUAUGUCAUUUAAGUUUCUGAAAAUAUAGUAGUAGUUACGUAGCUUUAGAAUGUGUGUUGUAAACAUGACUGUACACACAGUAUUGGGUAAGCAUCCAAAGAGGGCUUUACCACAUGCAAGCUCUUCAUAAACUAUAGAAGACACAUUGUAAAGAAUAUUUCAUCUAUAAAAUCUGCCUGUAAGAAGUUGCAAAAAUGGUAUACGGUUACUAAAAUAUUGGGCUUUGUUCUCUCUCUCUGGUUUUUCCAAGGGGAGAUAUUAAACCAAUUGUCUGUCAUUAUCUUCACAGUGGGGUCCAGUGUGGGACCUCUGACCUCUCCAUCCUGGAAACAUGGAAUCGACCAGAGGAGACUUAGUGCUAGGGUCCAUAUUCGAACAGCAGGAAGACUUGUUUCACUCGGAGGGGUUUUCAGGAACUGAUUCUAGCACGUUUCCUCUGUCUGAGCCUCACGGUUUUUCUGUUGAGAAGUUAUACGAAGACUGGCAUGCGAGCAGAACUACUGUAAGUUGGAAUUCAUCAACCUUGAUAACAAUACAACAGGAAUUAAAGUUCUCAACACCAAAAAGAAGGUGUGGAGUGAGGGGAGAGGUUUAGUAAUUUAACAAAUAAACACAACUUUUAUUAUCAACCUUAAUUCCUCCAAUCCUGUUCAUUCUCCCUCUUAACAUGGAAAAAAAACCUUCUUCCGAUUUCAUGUCAUGAAAAUCUACUCCUUAAAAAGCAUCGUCUUUCACCCAAACUGGUCUUCUCCUCAGAAACAGCAGAAACAAUCUGAUCUAAUUACCGUCUGUAUUCUCUAAUCUUCAUAACUGUACCAAUGAGUUUUACUUUAAAUUGGCCUCCCUCCAGUUGCCAAUAUUAUUCUGUUAGUAAAUAUGCUAUUUCCUUAAAGCAGGGCUGUCACUUGUUGGAAACUAUACUAUUGAAUAAAACAUUGAAGCCAUCUGUAAUUUAUGUUAAUCUGGUUUAAUGUGAUGCCCAGUUUAUUUUUAAAUUUAUAUUAAAGAUUUCGCAAGUGACACCACAAUUUAGUUCAGUCCAGGUCCUACCUUCAAUUAUAUUCAUUAGAAGAAAAUAAAACAUAUAUAACUGUGAUUGACAGAGAGCCAAGAUGGAGCCACCCAGUUCAAAGAUAGAGGUGUACAUUUCUAAACUUACCUUUUUCAGAUCUCACAAAAACAUAUUUGGAAAAGAAAGUGGAUAAAUAAACAUAACAUUAGAAAUUGUGGGAAGUGACUGUUCCCCUUUAAACUACGACCCUAAUUCCUUUUUAGCUCCUUUUUAUUUCUCUCUCUCUUUCUUCUUCUUUUUUUUUUAAAAACAUUGAGAUCCAGCUUUUUUAAGAGGUGGACUCUCUGAACCCCCAUCUUUUAAAUAUAUUGCCUUUUACCUUCCUGUUGUUAUUAUCAAGUGCCAUCUAAUUUUGGAUUUUAGGGGCUGAAUGAGCGAGAAGACACUGAUGAGUACUUGCAGAUGAUGAUUAACCCGAAUGAGGUCUACAACACGGAGACAGGAAUGUCUGAAUCCCCUGAAAGUGACAGUGGGUUCUCAGAUGAUCCACAGCCUGAUGAUACACCCGUUCAGGGGGAGCCAAGUACACCACUGCCCCAGCCUACACCUGUGUAUGAACUGGUUUAUGAUGUUGGCUCUCUGGAGGACAGGAGAAGCCAUAACGAGAUGAGCAGUGUAAUCUCAAUUCAGCUUGGUACGGAAGGGUGACAACAAUAAAUAUAUAUAAAAGUGUAAGGGGAGACCCUUGGUGGACAAGUUUGAGCAGAAUUGCCCCUUGUCUUUUUUUCUAAUAGGCAUGCAAAGAAAUCAAAGUUUUUUACCCACUAACUGCUACCCUUGUAUAAUACUGCCAAAUCUGAAAAACUAUUCUCUUUCCAGAGACAUGCAUACGUCAGUGCCUACUGUGUUUUUUUACUAUAUAUUAAAUAUAGAUGUACCAGAUCACCGACUUUUACAAAAAUUUGUCCAUAAUUUAAAGCUGAUCACAGAUACUGCCUGUUUUAUAGCAUCAUUUUCAAACGAGCAGCUAACCAGUCUUUAAAAGGAUCUAGCCCAUCUAAUAAAAGAGCUAAUAAAUCUCUAAAAGCUGCUAAUUGGUCUCCCAAAGAUGACUAAUCAGUCUUUUAAGGUAGAUUGGCCCCACUAAAGACCAUGUUUAAGAGUGCUCGAUAAUUGCCAGAAUUCAAGUUCCUCCUGCUAGGUUUCACUUUCUAAAUCUAUCGAGUAUUUAGUAGUAAGCAAAGAUUAUUUACAGUGUGUAUUCUGCAUAGAUAAAUAGGUUAUCAUUUGAACCCAGGAUAUGGAUUUACAUAAUUUUGGGAUUAUAUCUAAAUUUGCAUGUUGGGUCAAGCCAAUAACUCACGUUGGAUGCUCAGCUUCCGGCUAAGACUGGAAAGUGCUCAGCCUUUUAGUUGUAGACCACAGGUGAUGGUGCCAUAAGUUGGGUAUCCUUUGAGCCUCAAAAUGGUCCUAUACAAUGGCAACCUGGUUAACUUGUAUUCCGCUUACAGAGGACUGGCCCUCUCCAGUGCUGAUCCCUGACAGCUGUAUAGUUAAUGAACUGCCAUCUGUUCACAUGCCGGUACCUUGCAAGUCUACAGUUCUACCCAUUAGAGACAACACACAAGACCUGCUCUCCAUGGACUCACUGGUAUGUCUUAUGCUCUUUCAGCUGUGAUUAUCUUGAGGUUCUCAGUCAGUUUAUAGCAGAAUGCUAAUGGUGUCUUCUUCUCAGUACCCAGAGCUGCACCUGACUGAAGAGGAGAAAAGGCUUCUUUCACAAGAAGGGGUAGCCUUGCCUAAUAACCUACCGCUCACUAAGGUACAGUGCAAAAUGAGAAGUUGGCUAAAUUGUUGAUUUUAUUCACAGAGCAUGUAAGAAGUGACCAAUAGAGUGAAAAAAAAAAAUCAAUAAAUAUAUUUUUUUUUACAUAAAGACAUUUUCAAAAAUCACUCCAGAAAUGCAAGUUGCACUCAAUUGAUAGAUACCACAUCCAUCAUAACCACUACAGCCUGCUGUAGCUGUUACGAUGGUGGGAGUGCCCUGCACCAUUUACUUGUAAUGGAGCAAAGUGUUCUGUAAUGGUUCCCCUCUUCCCCGAAUCAUGCUGGGCUCCUACUCUUCUCUGAAGGCAGAUUUACGACACCUGGCUUCUACAGAGCAGAAGAAGCCAGAUGCUAAUCGCUUUUAGCCAGUAAAUGAGAGUCUGCAUCAAAAUGUACACAGAAUUGACAUUAGCCAAAAUGGAACUCUCGUUCCGGGCGAACGAAUGACGACCCAAUGAUGCAGCCAGAGGUGGGAUUACACCUGUGGUAGCAGAGUGUGUUUCCAAGAAAUGCUGCACAUACAGUUUAGUGGUCAAUGUGCCCGGAGAAACCCUUUACACUCUAUAAAAUUAAUACUGACCGCUGCAAUUAGCCCCAUAGAUCUAUCCCCAAACCCUUAAGUUUACCACAUACUAAAUUUUGCAGCUUUACCUACAUUGAAUGCUAAACCUAUCAGCUAUCACAGACAAGUUAAACCAUGUAGCGGUCUACAGGCCUAACUUUGAACAAAGCCAGACAUGUACUCCUGUGGGAUAUAACUGAACUGACUUCCAGAAGAACAUCAGCCAAGCUAGCUUUAGUGGUCCUUAAUCCUGUGCACUGCAACUACAAUUGUGUCCCAGUACUAUUUCAGGAGUCUCCCAAUAGAUCGGAAAGGCAAAUCAUAUUCAUCAGAUCUCCGGUAACAGGUCAUAGAUAAUUGUUUAGGAGCUCUGCUUUCCUCAGGGCACUGGGAAGAUUCAAUGAAAAUGUUUUGUAUAUAUUAAAUCCCAGUUGAGGAAUGAGUAACUGAGCUAAUUUUAAAUUUUAAGGACGGGUUGCCAAAUUAAUGAAUGCAGAGUACAUAAUUUGGCUCCACGUCAAGUAAGGUUAAACACACUGCUUUAGUAAAUAUUUGAUUUACAGACUGUUACAGAUGUAUACAAUUUUUUUAGAUAAGUCACUUUAAUUAGGAACUAUACCCCCUUCCUAGAAGAUACGUCUACAGUCUAAAACUGUUAAACAGACACUAUUUAGUAGAUAUGCAAUAAAAACAGGCAAGCUUUUUUUUUUCCCAAUCGGGUGAUAUCGAAAACAGCUUUCAAAAGCUGCAGUUCUCUUGUCUGCAGCCGUUGCAAGUCCUUCCAUUCUAACCCCGCCUAGACUUUCUGUGGCUGACCAAUCACAGACUUCCCAAAGCAGCUCAAUGAUAAGUAUUUACGAGGCAGGUGCUCUGGCCACUUACUGCCUCUUGAGUUUAACUCCCCUGAGCUUAACAACCAGUAAGUAACAGGACCAGUGGAUUGACAGGCUGGGGAGAUGUAACAAGUUUAAUUUAUAAUAGUGUACAUUUCUAUUGAAAUCUCCACUUUUUGUAAAAUGCAAAAAUAGGACACAGUCUCAGCAAAUUAAAGUGCUUUAGGGGUCUGGAGUGUGCCUUUAACAUUGCUCUUUGUAGCAUUAGAUGAGGAAAAAGCUAAGAGUCUCUAACUUAACAGAAAACUUAAUAUAUAGAACAAUCAUGUUUUGAGCAACGUAGAUCAAGCUGACUUGACAUAAGGACUUCACUAUAGGUAGCUGAAGCAGCUAAAUCACGUUGGACACCACAAAAGGGAAUGCAAAGCAAACCACUGUACCCCAAGUGCUUAGUAAAGCUAAGUUUUUCAUUUUUAACUGAGGAAUAAGAUUUGUGAGAUGAUAUGAUCUUUGGGUAAGACUGUUUACUUGGCAAUCCUCUUUGUGGGGUCUGAGGUGACUUUGCUGCAGAUCCUAUUUAGACUACCCUUGUUUGAUAAACUCUUUUCUGCCAUGCUCUUUCGUGCCCCUUACGCUCUUAGUCUCAUUCAGGCAGAGGAAAGAAUUCUAAAAAAGGUACGGAGAAAGAUACGCAACAAGCAAUCAGCCCAGGACAGCCGAAGACGGAAGAAAGAAUAUAUUGACGGACUGGAAAGCAGGUCUAAAAAUAUUUACACAAACUGUAAUUUGAAUAUACGAUGUACAGAAAUUAGCAGACAGCAUGUGUGUCCUGUGUAGGGUGUGAUUUAUCAGCAAGGUAACCCUUAACAUAUGAAGUAUUAUUCACCAAGCUUUGAAUGGGCAGGAACGUCAAGUGAACUUCAUAAUUUUAGUCCAAAAAUUACUGAAAUGAAAACAGCAAAACUGGAGAAAUUUUGGCCUAAAGGGACACUAUACUCACCAAAACAACUUUAGCUUAAUGAAGAAGUUUUGGUGUAUAGAUCAUGCCCCAUUUUGUUUUCAUGCAGGCUGUGUCAGUCACAGCCAGGGGAGCUGUGGCUAAAGUUGCGUAAACAUAAACAGAAGCCAGAGAAUUGAGCAGUGAGACUACAGGGGCACGAUCUAUACACCAAAACUGCUUCAUUAAGCUAAAGUUGUUUUGGUGACCAUCGUGUCUGUGUAAAACUGAAAUUUCACUUUAAGUUUUCAACAAUUCCCAUUUUAGCGAAACUGGUAUAAGAACUAUAGCUUGCAAUAUAUGGGAUCAGUUUAGAAUCUCCAGUAUCAGCGAGCAGUGUGCAGGUUCAAUAUACAAUCUCCAGCAAACAGCUAACAGUAAGUACAUUGGAUCCGUCCAGAGUCUCCACACACAGCUAACAGUGCAUGGGAUUGGUAUACAACCUUUGGGUACUCCAGAUGUUGUGGUCUACAUCCCCCAUAAUGCUCAAACAGCUACAAUGCUGGUAAAGCAUCAGGGGAGAUGUCCAUAACAUCUGGCGUGCCAAAAGGAACCUUAAACACACAGCUAACAAUGCAUGAUGUAUAUAAAUAUUGUAUGUAGCUCCACAUGUAUUAAAUCGCUCACAAGAUCCAUCUCUACUUCAUCUCUAGAGUCACUGCUUGCUCAAUGCAGAAUCAGGAACUGCACAAAAAGGUUGUGGAACUGGAAAAGCACAAUAUGUGAGUGGACGGCUAACAAUGACUGUAUUGUGGGUGUCUGGACUGGGCUGUGAGGCAGGGGUAUAUAACUGUAAAGGAUAUGAGACAGUCCGGUGAGGCAGCUCUGAGGAGGUAAUAAGGACUCUGGGGUGCCACGAAUAGGCUGAAGGCUUCACGAGUUGUUGCAGGCAGCAGGUUGAGGCACUGGAUCAAGAGUUAGGGGUGUGCAGUGUCUAUGCUGCAUCAUAGGGUAGACAGAGGUUAUAUCUCUAGUAAAUGGGACACCGAAAGGCACUAGAUUUGAAAGCAGAGAGGGCUUGAGUGCAACAUAAGGGCGGGUUUGUAGAACACUAAGGUAGAGAGGGGCUGCCUGCAAUGUUUUAGUUGGGGCUUGAGUACUGUGUCAGGAAGCAGAAAGGGGGCUGUGUGCAGUGACUUGGGAGGAUUGGGAGUACAGGUUCAUGGAGUGGAGCGGUUGUGUCUGGAGGGUUAGGGGGCACUUUAUCUACAGAACUAGAGGACUAUGUCUAUAAGAAACUAGUGGUCCCAAGGUAUUAAAUUAUUUUUUUUUUCAUUCAGCUCCCUGAUCACUCAGCUCCGUAAACUUCAGACCCUCAUCAAACAAACAUCCACCAAAGCUGCUCAGACCGGUACAUGUGUCCUGGUAUGUCUUCAGUGAUAUACAUGGCGAGGCCUUGGCAUGAGCCAAGUGGCAUUACAGUAAUAUGUAUUCCUCAUGUGCUUGUCACACUACAGAUCCUGGUCUUUUCUUUGGCCCUGCUCAUCUUUCCCAGCUACAGCCCACUGCACUCCCGAGCCACUAUGAACAAUGUCGCCACUUACAGACCCACGGGAGGUAAGACCACCAGCUCAGGUUAACACCAUCAAAUGCAAAAUGACAGUAAUCACAUGGACUGGCUGUAUACCUGGACAUUACACAUAUAUUUUUUUUUAAAUCCAUAAUUCCAGGUUUAGAAUGUUUCCUCUGCCUUUUAAUACAGAUUAAUUAAACCAGCAAAAUAAUGUCAUUAGCAGUAACACAUUACAUUUGUAGCAGAUUACAGCAGAUAGGAGGUGCGUUGCCAUACCCCUUACCCCCCCCUUUCUUGAUAGUGUCCUUAAAAGUUGGUCUUUUAAAAAACACUCCAAGCACUAGAGUGCCCCCCUCCCCAUUGUAAGUAUUCAUGCUGUUUUAGAACAGUGUAGGGCUUAGCUUUUUGGCUAAUUGAAGCACAUAAGCAGGAGCUUCCAAAAGUGAGUAGAGGAGGCAGGAGCAGUGUUUUGCAGACCCCAGGUAAGAAGUGAAACCAUAGCGUUGUAGUAGUUAUGGUGCUUGGAGUGUUCCUUUAAUUAUACAGUUACGUUAUUAGCACCUAGUUCCUUUACUAACAAGGUGUAAGACUAAACCAAUUUUAUAAGAAAUCACCAUAACCAACCACAAAAAACUUCUUCACAUGGCCAUGUGUGAUUCAUUUUACUUUGGUGGGAGCUAAAAAAAAAUUUAUGAAAAAGUAGAUAGUGCUUGUAUAUUGUGGUUUAACAUUCAUUUAAGCUUCAACCUUUAUGAUAAUCUGUUUAGCUAUGCAUGGGUUUGUGAUCCCAAGAACUCAACUGUUAAAUCCUCUCCCCAGGAAGAAAAAAAAAGGGGUCACUGCAUAUCACUGUAUUCAUAGCAUGUUCUAAUUGAGAAGACACCAAUGGGAACAUUCAAUGGAUUAGAUAUUGCAGGGUAUAAUAGAUUUUUUAUUUAUUUUUUACUGUAUUUACAGUAAUCUCAAGAAAUAUUCUGAACAAGGAGGGAUUCUCAGAGGUGACAGAACAGCCGGUUGUGGACAGUACUCCUGAACUUCAACCAGAGCAGAAGAUGCAAGACCAUCAGUUUGCUCCUCAGUCCACCUUGGACAAAGAAGGGCCUGAUCCACAAAGAAAUGAUCUGGGUGGCUCCCUGGAAGGAGAACUAUUAGGGGAGAAGGACCCUCCAGAGUCCAGAGGUGAUGUUCUGGCACUUAAAGUGGAUCUUCACAAAGGAACCCACAGCAAAGAUCUCUCAAAGACGGCACGUGGGGAUGAGAUGUGAAAACCAUAAUUCAUACAGUACGUUCUAGAGAGAAUAAAAGACUCAGAUUUCUGGAACUAAAAGUUGCCUCUUCAAAUUUUAAAAAGCUGGUGUUUCAGUGCUGCCCGAUUUAGUGCUUCCAGAGCUCUCCUGGUGUUGACACGUCAUAAAGGAUGAAAAAAUGGAGGUUGUGAAAUCAACUGCUGGGUUUUACACCCUAAAAACACAUAGACUGCUAAUAAAGUACAUACUAGAGUACUGACACACACCUGUAUACAUAUAAAACAGGUAGAUUACAACAUCUUGACCAGAAUACCAAUCAUGCACAUAAAGACAUGAAGGGACAAUAUACGUGUAACACAAUAACUGCCAAAACACACACAUAUACACAACAUGCUAAUCAGUAGCAUCUUUAUCGAUGUGUAGUUUACAAACAAAUUUAUCUCACAAAUCAACGUGCAUUAGAGUUGUGUAAUAUAACUAAACUAUCAAUAAGUAGAUUACACACUUACGGAAAGGUACACAACAUUGUUUACAUAGAUAAGGGCACUGCCUCUGUCCGUUUCCUGUUACUUGCCUUAACAUUUAUUCCCUGAUAUUCAGAGAAAUGUUUUAUAAUAUUUAUACAGAUGAUUUUUGUUGUUGUGGGGGAAAUUAAAUAUUCUUUGAAACAAGCAGAUUUGUAAAAUGUUUUAAUAAAAAAAAGUAUUUAGUUUUCAACGUGCCUUAUUUUUUUUUCCUCUUUAUUGAGUUAUAUUUAGCUAGUGUGCAAGAUAUUUACACACAGCAGGGAGGUGUGCACCUGGAAAUUUAACACCGAG